AGCCCUGUGUGCACAGAGCUGGAGAUGAAUGUUAUGGACUGGCUAGCGAAAAUGCUGGGACUCCCAGAGCACUUUCUGCACCACCACCCCAGCAGCCAGGGAGGAGGCGUCUUGCAGAGCACAGUCAGUGAGUCAACCUUGAUAGCUUUGCUGGCAGCAAGGAAGAACAAAAUCCUGGAAAUGAAAACAUCUGAGCCCGAUGCUGAUGACUCCUUCCUGAAUGCCCAACUCAUUGCCUACGCCUCUGACCAGGCCCACUCCUCAGUGGAAAAGGCUGGUUUGAUUUCUCUUGUGAAGAUGAGAUUUCUGCCUGUGGAUGACAACUUCUCCCUCCGAGGUGACACUCUUCAGAAAGCCAUUGAGGAGGACAAAGAUCAGGGCUUGGUGCCUGUCUUUGUCUGUGCAACACUAGGGACCACAGGGGUCUGUGCAUUUGACUGCCUGUCAGAGUUGGGCCCCAUCUGUGCCAGAGAGGGGCUGUGGCUCCACAUCGAUGCUGCCUAUGCGGGCACUGCCUUCCUGUGCCCCGAGUUCCGGGGGUUUCUGAAGGGCAUCGAGUAUGCCGAUUCCUUCACCUUUAAUCCUUCCAAGUGGAUGAUGGUGCACUUUGACUGUACUGGGUUCUGGGUCAAGGACAAGUACAAGCUGCAGCAGACCUUCAGCGUGAACCCCAUCUACCUCAGGCACGCCAACUCAGGUGCGGCCACAGACUUCAUGCACUGGCAGAUCCCUCUGAGCCGGCGGUUUCGCUCUAUUAAACUCUGGUUCGUGAUUCGGUCCUUCGGGGUGAAGAGUCUUCAGGCACACGUCAGACAUGGUACUGAAAUGGCUAAAUAUUUUGAAUCUUUGGUCAGAAAUGACCCUUUCUUUGAAAUCCCUGCCAAGAGACACCUUGGCCUGGUGGUUUUUCGUCUAAAGGGUCCUAAUUGUCUCACAGAAAGUGUGUUAAAGGAAAUUGCUAGAUCUGGCCAUCUCUUCCUCAUCCCAGCCACUAUCCAGGACAAGCUGAUCAUCCGUUUCACUGUGACAUCCCAGUUUACCACCAGGGAUGACAUUCUGAGAGACUGGAACAUCAUUAGAGAUGCCGCCACCCUCAUCCUGAGUCAGCACUGUACUUCCCAACCUAGCCCUCGGGUUAGGAACCUUAUCCCACAAACCAGAGUCAUGGUCAAUGGAAUGCCCCCUCAGUCUGUCAGUGAGACAGGAGAUGACCCAGCCCCGACUGGGAAGAUCAUCACGCAGCCUCAACAUGUGGGAGCCAGUCCUACAAGGGCGGAAGACAGCUGCUAUCUUGAAACUCUGCUGGACCCACUUGAUGACUGCUUUUCAGAAGAGGCCCCGGAUGUCACCAAGCAUAAGCUGUCCUCUUUCCUGUUCAGUUACUUGUCUGUGCAAAACAAGAAGAAGACAGUGCGUUCCCUCAGUUGCAACAGUGUACCCAUGAGUGCUCAGAAGCCACUGCCCUCAGAUGGCUCCAUGAAGAAUGGAGGCUUCUCCCGGGUUAGAAUUUGUUCCCGGUUUCCAGAAGAGAUGAUGAUGCUGAAGAAAAGUGCCUUCAAAAAAUUAAUUAAGUUCUACAGCGUCCCCAGCUUCCCUGAAUGCAACCCUCAGUGUGGAUUCCAGCUGCCCUGCUGCCCUCUGCAGGCCAUGGUUUAAGCCAGGAGUCUUCAGCUAGGGUCCAUAGAUGUGCUUCAAGGUGUCUGUGAACCCCUCAAAAUUGUAUGUCAAACUUGUGUGCUAUAUGUGUGUGCAUUUUUCUCGGGAGAGAGUUCAUAAUUUUUAUCAGAUUCUCCAGGAGGUUCAUAACCCACUACAGGCUACAGUUGUAGGGUUUAAACUGGCAUGUCCAGAAGGUUCCAGCAGUCUGGUCAGAAGAAGAGCUUAGAGUAGUGUACCGACAGGAAGCUUCUGUGGUUCAGCUUGUGACAUUAAAUACAAUGUGCAAAUAAAUUGUGCUUAUCUCUGAAA